GCGGCAACCUGACCCCCCAAGUCCAGUUUGCUUCUUUAAUUUCCAUACAACUUGGGAAGAUUCGAAUCUUGAUUUCAAUAUUUGGCUACCAUUGAAUAUAUUCAUUAUGGCUGACGAGGGGAAAGUGCAAACCCCUACCAAAUACUCGGGGGGAAUCAACACUUCCAAUCCAGAGUCUCCUACUACUGCACGGCCGUUAGACUUUGACGAUGAGCCCCAGGAGACAGGCAUCCUCUCUACACCUUCCAACCCAGAGACCAGUGCUGAAGUUCCUCCGCCGAAACCACCACGACCGGUCGAUCCGCGAAAACAAGCAGAAGAAACGCUCAAGGAAGCGUUCCCAUCGAUCGAUGCAAGUGUAGUCAAGGCUGUCUUGACGGCUAGCGGGUACAACGUGGAAAGGGCCUUUCAUGCACUUCUAGGCAUGACGGAUCCCUCUGCCCAAGAAGAGCUCCCACCACCACCACCGGCAAAACCUCCACGACCUUCUUAUCCGGCAACUUCAACUACCCAGCAGCAAUUACGUGAAGAUGAGUUAUAUGCUCGUCGUUUAGCGGAACACUUUGGUGAUUCGCAACCUCGUGGCAGGCAGGGUUCCGGUUAUGGAAGUGAACAUUCAGAGGAGCGAGAGCGCAACUUUUUUGAUGAUGAUUUGCCUGUGAUCAGAGACAACAUUCGCAAAGGUUUCCUCGAAACCCAGUCCAAAGUCAAUGCAUGGGUACAGAACUUUAAGAAAAAGCUCGAUGGCGACGAAGAUGAAGAGGAGACUGCUUCAGGAUAUCUUCAAUCACACGGAGAGACUCAAACCUAUGGCCGCACACGACGAAGCGGCGAUUCUGCCCGACGCAGCGGUGAUCGGGAACGCUACGAUGCAGACCCGCAGGUUCUCGGAGAUGACUUUUCAGCGCUAGAAUUGAGGGAUUCAGAGGCACCUCCUCCACGCCCUGCUCGUCCUCUAGCAAACAUCAGACCUGCCAAUACCUCGCAAGAACGACGAAAAGUAUCCUUCCAAGACGGCCCACCAGAAGAAAUCGACAAUCUCUAUGACGCCCCGAAAACAACCAAAACCCCGCCACCAACAGGAGGCAAGUCAAGCAAAUGGCAACCUCUUUCCACGACCAGUCACUCCCCCAUCGGAGAGAAUGACCCUUUCAGUCUCGGCGAUAGCGAAGACGAGCGAGAGAAUAAACCCAAGGAUGGUCCGGCUGGAGAAGACCCACUCAAGAAACUGACGUCAGAGGCUAUAGAGUCAGAGGUUGGUUCUAAUUCGAAAGAUGCAAGUAAGAAGGCGGAUGAUAAAUGAUGCGUUUUUGGUUGUUUGAUUUGGAUGCUCUGUGUGUUGCGUGUGGUGUACGAUCUUUUUUUUCAUACAAUUUGAUUUCUGAGAUAUCCCAUCAACCAUGAAGAUGUUUUUGAUAGUAUCCAUUCGUCUGUCUCAUAUGGUCGCACUGUAUGAUGUUGUGCAAUUAGUGUCUUGUUGUCCUCCAGAUAUCUCGUAGCCGGUAUCUCGCCAAAUGGGUUGUAAUUGUUCGGGUAGCCUCAUAAUCCUAUCGUAAAUUCAUAGCGCAUAAAACGUAAUCCCGUAUCAAUAGAAAGAUCAAUGAUCAUCCAUCAACAUCUUCCCGAGGAGGCGCUUCUUUCCUCAAAUCCUUGAUAA